AGCUGGAGGAGGUACAUUGAUCGUGUAUGUGAUUUUCUUUUAUUCUCAUGUAAUGGUCCUUUAAGGUGGGAUUGUAGAGUUGUUGAUGGGGGAUCUACAUCAUCAGAAGAGGCUGCCCAACUCUGUGGAGAUCCUUCGCCGCACUUGGCAAACUUGCUGUUAAUUCUUCGGAAAUGUAACCUCGGCAUGCACCUCUCAUACCUAAGCUAUGCUGCUUAGGACAAUAAAAAAUGCUCAGGUGCACGCAGUUGACUACAUAGUGUGCGCGCCAUGGAUGGUGGUGGAUUAGAGUUAUUUCAUUACCAUGGUUGUGCAAGAACCAAAAUGCAGCAAAGCAUUUGCAUCAUUUGGCACCAGUAGUUUUCAAGUUAUACCAUUAUCUUCCUGGUACAGUGCCUUUUUCCUCCACCGGUUUCAUGGAUCAGGCAGCUCCUGGGAACUUUCAAGAGCUCAAACUUAGGAGUUGGUAGUUGCUUUGCCAACUUUGGUAAAAGGCCAGGUGGACUCUCAGAGUGCUCUGAAAAAGAAUUCUCUGCACCGGUGAUACCACGUUAUCCAUGUCACAUAAUGAAAAGUGUAUAUAUUUAAUAAGUCAUAUUAUUAAGACCAUUUUCCUUAUUAAGAUCAUAUGCACAGGUCAGCAAUUUUAAAUUCUUAAAUCAUUAAUAUUAAAUUUUUAAGAAGGUGCUUAAGAAAAUUAAAAAGUAAAAAAGAAAUCUUAAAGAAGGGGCUGUGGGCUCUACCCGUUGCUACAUUCUCCACGCUUCCAAAAUUUAAAAACCUAUACAUCAUCAAAAUCCAGAUUUAAGCCCGUGGGGAGGGAUCGAUGCAUCACUCGAGGCAAAAAGUGGGACCUCCCAAUUUAGCCGUUGUGUCCCUUAACGGCCAAAUAUACCUAGUAUAAAAAUUCAAAAUUUCCACCUCUCCUUACAAAGCAAAACCAUCAUCCACUGUCUUUCUUCUGCCCCUUCCUCUGGAUCAAUCACAGAAUUCCCCAAAUGGCUUCCUCUAAGCUCAGGAAAUCUUGUUCCUUCCCAAUUCUUCUCCUCUCAUUUUUGAAUUUCAUUCUCUUCAUCAUCUCUGCAGCCUCUGUUGCCCCCAUUGUUGUCCUGAAAAUGCCACCAACUUCACUGGGUUGGGCACUCCUCAUGGUCUCCUGCAUCUCACUUGUCUCCUCUUUUGUAGGUUUCUACUCUCAGAUCACCCACUUUUGCUUCAUAACCCAUGUUUCCCUCAUCCUUGCCUCGUCAAUCGGUCAAUUAUUCUGCAUUUUAGCCUUGUUCACAAAAGAAAAAUCUAGCCUUUCGAUGAUAAAGUCGAAUAGGGACCCGAGAGAGGCCAAGCUAUUGGUGAGAUUGGAAUGUGGGAUUUUGAUGGCCAUGUUUAUAAUGCAGUUAGGGGUGUUAGUACUGGCUUGUGCUGUACAUAGCUGUUGGGUGAGAGAGUACGAAGGACUGGAAGCAGAAAGAGAAGUGACGGCGAAGAAGAGGAGCCGGAGGAUUGCAAGAGUGCAGGAGGAGUCCAUGGCAAAUGCAGCGAAAAUUGCAGAGAUUAAGGCCAAGGAGUUGGAUGAGAAGAUGAAGAACAAGUAUGGGCAGUGGGUGAAAACCGAUUUUGAAGGCUGAAGUGAAGACUCUUCUUAUGGGUUUAUUUAGUUGUACCAUAAAGUGUUUGUUGAUGUGUGCUUUUUGCAAAUGCUGUGUGACAAAUUUUGGGGUCACUAUAGUGUGGCCUUUGGAUGUUUAAUGUAUAGAGAGCCCCGUGAGUGCUGUUUUUCAUUGUAAUGCAGUUUGCCCUUUAAAUUAUCCCAAUUAUUUUUCUAAGAAAAGACUCAUAGUCCCGCAUCAAACUUCAUAUGUUGUAAAUGAAUGCCCCAUUUACAGGAAAUUGCUAAUUUGACGUCUCUUUAUAUCUA